AUGUCCUCCCACCAACAACACCAACAACACCCCGACAGCGGCCACCACGACCCAACAACACCCAUCCCCCCCAACCCCGCCGUCUCUCCCAACCCGCACUCCUCCUCCUCCCGCUGGCGCCACGCCGAGUCCUCCGCCUACGCGCGCCACGAGCGCAAAGCUGGCGCUGGCCAGGCCGGCGCCUACGGCUAUGCCCCCGGCGGUGCGGUUGCGCGUGAAGCCGACCCGCACAGUCCCGGUGUGGGCGCGCUGACGGAUUUCUUGAAUAAAUCCCGGAUUGACCCCGGUGAGGUGCCUGAGGAUGAAGACUUUAGCAACAGGCCGAUUACGCCGCGGUAUAAGCCUGUGGUGGCCGGCGCGUCGGAGGCGAGGGCUGCGAGGGGCGAGGAGGGUCCGGGGGAAUACCAGCAGCAGGAAUAUCAGCAGGAGUACCAGCAGCAGCAGGUCCAGACGGACGGCAAGGAGAUUGUGUGCGGCCCGCUGCUCAACUACCGGCGCAUGGAAGGCGGCACGCACUGGAUCGGCAGCGCGCUGGUGGUUACCGCAGGCGGGGGACGGACGCAGCCUGUUGUCCCCGUUGUGGCGUUGCGCCGGGCUGGGGGUCAAACGAAGGGUUCUGUGGUUGAGGGUGUUUGUUUGUAUUCCGACGCGCGUAAUACCUUUUGGCGGUUUGAUUUGGUUGCUGAGAUGGAUCAGGUUGAGACGCAGUGGGAGUAUGAGCUGCCUGGGUUGCGGUUCCGCAGUGAGACGAAGCCCCGCGUGAAUACCUUUUUUGUGCCGGCAAGGCAUGAGUCGAUGCGGAUUAUGUUUCACUCGUGUAAUGGGUUCAGUGUGGGCACGGAUGAGGCCGCGUGGAGCGGGCCGGCGCUGUGGAAUGAUGUGAUGCGGAAGCAUCAGGAGGUGCCGUUCCAUGUUAUGAUCGGCGGCGGCGACCAGAUCUACAACGACGGCAUCCGCGUGUCGGGCCCGCUGCAGAAGUGGUCCAACAUCGGGAACCCCAAGACGCGAAAGGACCAUCCGUUCCCCGAGAGCCUGCGCCAGGAGUGCGACGACUACUACCUCAAGAACUAUAUUAGGUGGUACUCGACCGAGCCGUUUGCGGGGGCCAAUGGCCAGAUUCCCCAGCUCAACAUCUGGGACGACCACGAUAUCAUCGACGGCUUCGGCUCGUACGUCAACGAGUUCAUGAAGUGCGACGUGUUCCGCGGCAUCGGCGGCACCGCGCACAAGUACUACAUGCUGUUCCAGCACCACCUGCCGCCGCCGCCCUCGACCUACACGUCAGACGCCGCCAUCAACCACACCGAGAACGCGCAGGGCCAGGCCGUCGACCCGAACCAGACCAUGGAUGUCUUUGUGCACCCGGAGAUUCGCGAGCCGAAUUAUAUUUACGGGCCCAAGCCAGGGCCAUAUGUCGCGGAACACUCGCACAACAUGUUUGCCCAACUCGGCGCUAGAAUCGCCUUCUUGGGUAUUGACGCACGUACCGAGCGCACGAGACACCAGGUCAACUACGCCGAGACCUACGAGGCCAUCUUCUCCCGGCUCAAGCAGGAACUCGCCGCGGCCGCCAGCGCUGGCCGUCCGUUCCGGCAUCUGAUUCUGUUGUUGGGUAUUCCCAUCGCGUAUCCUCGCCUUACAUGGCUGGAAAACAUCUUCGCCAGCCCCCUAAUGGGCCCGGUCAAGUUCCUCAACCGACGCAUCGGCUUCGGUGGCAGCUUCUUCAACAGCUUCGACGGCAGCGUCGACCUGCUCGACGACCUCGACGACCACUACACCGCCCGCACGCACAAGAAAGAACGCAACUGGCUGAUCCACAAACUCCAAGGCAUCUGCGCCGAGUUCUCACUGCGCAUCACCAUUCUCGGCGGCGACGUGCACCUGGCCGCGUUCGGCCGCUUCUACUCCAACCCGCACCUAAACAUCCCCAUCGAGGAAGACUACCGCUACAUCGUCAAUGUGGUCUCCUCCGCCAUCGUCAACAAACCGCCCCCCGCCGCCGUCGCCAACCUCCUCGCCCGCCGCAACAGAAUCCACCACCUCGACCACAACACCCACGAGACCUUGCUCAAGCUCUUCGAUCGCGACCCGGGCGACACCCAAAAGACAGCCGACCACAACAAGGUCACCAUGCCCUCCCGCAAUUUUGCCAUGAUCACCGAGAACUCCCCUUACAACCAGCCCCAGCCUUCCCACCAUACCAACGGCGACACCAACGGAACCGGCCCCAACGGCACAACACCAAAAAAACAAGACCCCCGCCUCCCCCUCUCCGCAGGCGAAACCAACUGCGGCACCACGCACAAAGCCGCCUCCUUCCCCGCCCAACACGGCCGCGGCUCCGACGGUAGCUUAGACGUAUGCAUCUGGGUCGAGCAGGACCAGCACGACGCCACGGGUCGUACACAGGGGUAUGGCUUGACCGUGCCUGCGUUGGUGUAUGGGGGUUCGAGACCGGUUAGUGUCGGGGCUUUGCCGCCGCCUAGGGCGUUGGGGAGUGCCGGGGGGGAGACGGGUACUAGCGUUAGGACGAGCGUGGGGAGUGAGUAA